AAAAACCCUCAUCCAAUACACAUUGGCAGUAAACUAGAGGGAUUAUAGUCAAUAUACACAUCGGCCCGCAUUUGAAAGGAGGUUUCCCAGGGUACGGGAUACGAAAGCCUGGACUGAUCAUAUUUUCCUUAAAAAAAAUACGAGUUUUGUUGGAAAAUGUAAAAAGCUACUGACCCAGAGAAAGGACAAGCUGUUUCUAUUAUACAGGUUCACCACACAUAUUUGGCGUGUGUUUGUGAUAUCUGAGGAUACACAAUGUCAGAAUUAACGAUAACUGAUGAUGGGUCAUCAGAAAGCAAGCGACGGGCCUCAAAAGAGAUUGUAUCCAAAUGUACGGCUGCCAACCCUAAUCGCCGGAAGUCGACAUUCUUUAAGCUUGCCCAGAGUUCACAACAAGGAAUCCACGUAAGGCGCAUGACCAGGGCACUAUUAGGACAGACCCUAGAUACACCGGAUGAACAACAAGAAUCCAAGCCAAAAGUUCGCUUAGAAAACACAUACAAAAUGAAACCUGAUGAAGGCUUCUUUUCCUUCAGAGUUCGUAAGGAGAUCACGACAUUGUUACAAGAACACCUUGACAACGUCACCUAUGACCCCGUCGUGUGCUCUAGAUUAUGCUGUGAACUUUCGGUGGCCAUUAAGAACAAAGUAAAGAGUAUGAACUUUCCGCGACAUAAAAUUAUCUGUAAUGUGUGCAUUGGUCAGCAAACAGAACAUGGCGUUCAGAUCGCCAGUAGGUGUCUCUGGGACGCCACCACCGACAGUCACGCAUGCGUGACGUACAAAAACAAUUCUCUGGUGGCGAUAGGGUUAGUACAUGGCAUCUUCUUUGAGUGACGUUCAAACAUUUCAUGGAACAAUAUUUUGGUAGAUUUUAACGGACUUUUGAUUUUAAAAAGUGCUGUAUUAACAUUUUCAUGAAAGUGUAGUACAAUGGAGGAUGAUUGUUAUUAUUUUCAGAAACCGAAAGAGUGGUUUUGCUGUAUGCGAGACACAUUAUUGAAUAUUGUUCCACUUUCCAUUUGAAUCAUAUUCAAAGAUAUUUUCGCUUUUGUAUUCCUAUGGAAUUUGCUUAUUUAUUUGCCAUGAACUCAACAUGGAAGUGUACUGAUUAUAUGACAAUUUCAAAUAUUACGGUCAACCGCCUUUAAACUGAAGUAAACUUAAAGACAGUGAACGACGAUGUUUCUAUUCGCUCAGAAGGGGUCAUUAUUGUAACAUUUGUAUCUCAGAUGAGAAAAUAAGAUAGUCGCGAGCAUUUUGAUCCUGGCGAGUUGCGAUGACCGUGAUACAAAAGAAGCUUUACUUCUCCCUGCUUUACCGAAAUAUUGUUGAUUUGAGAUUUGAAUAAAACAAUCAUUAACCAAAAA